AUGGGGAUAAUUGGCUCUUCAUUAGCUAGCAACAUAGAAGAUGACUUUCGCACCGAUCACCAUCCCCGAUCGAUUUCGUUCAGCUCACCCAUAAUCAAUCGAACCGAUAAUGAGCACCUGUAUGACCUAAUCUCUCAAGGACCCAACAUAAACAUCCAGAGGACCUCGGUUGUGAGGAACUCUGUGAACCUGCGUCGAAAGACAUUAAAAAUUAUCAACCAUGGGAACAACGUGUAUCUGAUAAACUUCAUUUUUGAUGCCUUGUACGAUGUGGAGAUAUCUAUAUAUUUCUGUUGCAAGGAGGAGUUUUCGGAAAAUCGGGAGGCGUUCUACACGCCCACAAAGUAUCCCACAGUGACGAACAUAUACCCGAAGGAUAUAAACCAGAUUUACAUGAGCAGUCCGAGUGACGCCAUCAAUUUGAAUGUCAUCGAUGUGAAUGAUUUGAAAUGCAAGCCCAGUUACGAGUACAUUGUCCCCAUUUUGAUUGUGCUAAGAGCACUUGGCGCACCCAUUCCACAGGCUCAAUACAACUUUGCCUACCUGCAAGAGGACGAAGUGAAGGACAACGCCCACUGUGCCGACAAGUACAAACUUGUGCUUUAUAAACAGAAGAUUCAGUUUGGCAAUCGGUACUUCGAGGUCCAGGAAAUUUUCGGCAUCGAGAAGUCCAAGGCACCACAACCCGACGCCGUGAGCAACUUCUUGUCCGGCAGAGAGUGUGUGAUAUGCCUGACGGAGGAGAGAGAUACCGCCAUACUGCCCUGCAGACACAUGUGCCUGUGCAACGUGUGCGCAAACGUAGUCAGAAUGCAGAACACCAAGUGCCCCAUUUGUCGACAAGACGUCCGCGGUUUGUUGCAAAUCAACAUAGACAACAAGCGGGACACCGUGCCAGAAGGAAAGAGCAGUAUAUGA